UGCACGCUUAGACUCCGAGCUGAAGGUUGAACUCCACCUCCAGGCGGAAUGAGGCUCAGCAGAGCAGCGCUGCUUCUCCUGCUGGCCAGCUGCCUCUCUCCAGGCCACGGUAUUCUGGAGGCCCAUUAUACAAACUUAAAAUGUAGGUGUUCCGGAGUGAUUUCAAAUGUGGUCAGUCUAAACAUCAUAGAUCGGAUUCGAGUUACACCCCCUGGGAAUGGCUGCCCCAAAACUGAAGUCGUGAUCUGGACCAAGAUGAAGAAAGUUAUAUGUGUGAAUCCUCGUGCCAAAUGGUUACAAAAACUAUUAAAACAUAUCCAAAGCAAAAGACUGUCUUCAACUCCCCAAGCUCCAGUGAGUAAGGGAAGAGCUGCCUGAAGCCACUGUCAUCUCAAAAGACACACCUGCAUCCUUUUUUAUCCCUGCUCUGAAUUUUAGAUAUGUUGUUAAAGAAUUUCCAAGAAAGUGACUUCCCUCUACAAACAAACUUGACUGUAGAUAAAACAAAACAAAAACAAAAAAAACAAACAAACAACAAUAACCAAUCCUGCAGGAGCUGAGAGGGAACACUCAAGCUCCAUUGCAUAGCCAACCCGUAUCCUUGUUCCUUAAGGAAGGCUAUUUGAGAACAGGCAUUUAGUGACAACCCACUUCAGAUGCAUGUGGUAAUAGAUCUGUUGUUUAAUGUUAAACUAUCCUAGAUUGUCAAGGAAUGAAAACUUACAUGUCAAAUGUGAACUUGUAGCUCAUACUAACAAGAGGUUUGCGAGAUGGACUUCAGUUAUUUUGCACCCUUGCAAAAAGCAGGGCUCCAAAAUCAUCUCCAGAAGGUUCCUGGGAAGCUGGUGCAAUAACAGCAUGAGGUGAUGCAGAGCAGGUCUCCUGUAGAGAAAAGCUUCCCGGGGGCAAGGGGAACAAUCCUACUCUGAAGGGUUGCUUGUAUAAGAUUUAUUGUCUUGGAUUAAAACCAGUAACAAUUGAAGGAUCCUCAGCUUAAAGGCCCAGGCUCUUCAGCAGUAUACAAAUAUAUUCCUUUGCACUGUGACCCUGAUGGUCUAUUUUUAUUAUUCACAUCUUUCACACAGACAAAAUACCAGCCUCUUAUAUCAGAUUCUUUAAUGUUUCCUAUUCAUCUAGUGUCAUUCAAUAAACUUAAUCAAAUGUUUUGCUUA